AUGCGCCCCUCACACUCUUUUGCCACUGCGCUGCUCUUCAGCGCCAAUCCUCUCGUUUCUGCAUUCGAUCUUCGUGGCCGCUCACUCGGUCUGGGCGGGCUAAACUCGGUGCUCAGCGACGCCGGCAGCGCCCUUAAUACGGUGGCCGCGACGCUCACCAGCGACGUCGGUGGACUCGCCAGUACGGCCACUAGCGACGUCGGCGGACUCGCGAGUACCGCUACCAGCGCUGUCAACUCUGUCGUUACCAAGGUCACAGAUGUUGUCGGGUCAGCCGCGAAGACCGUUACCAGCGACGCCGGCGGACUUCUCAGCACCGCGACCAGUGACGCCGGUGGGCUCGUCAGUACCGCCACCAGCGACGCCGGCGGACUCGUCAGCACCGCGACCAGCGACGCCGGUGCAAUCAUUAGCACCGCGACCAGCAAUGCCGGCGGAAUCAUCAGCACCGCAACCAGCAUCGUCAACACGCUGACCAGCCCACUCACGACCCUGCUUCCCACGACUCCUAUCGUUACCCUGCCGACCACGCCAAUUGUCACUCUGAAGACGACAUCUCCAAUCAUCACCCUCCCGACUACUCCAAUCGUGACUCUCCCGACGACUCCGAUUGUCACGCUGCCGACAACGACACCUCCAACCACGAGUCCAUACAUCCCGCCAACCACCUCGCCGACAAGCCCGUACACUCCGCCCACCACAUCGCCGACGAGCCCGUACACUCCGCCCACCACAUCGCCGACGAGCCCGUACACACCACCCACCACCUCCCCCACGAGCCCGUACACCCCGCCCACCACAUCACCCACAAGCCCAUACACCCCACCCACCACAUCCCCCACCACAAGCCCCUACGUCCCGCCGACAACAUCUCCCACGACAACGCCAACCGAACCACCACCAACCACAAGCUCAAUCUACACCCCGCCCCCAACAACAGAAACCCCCGUCUCCCCCCCUCCAACAACAUCCAAAACCUCCACCCCAACCACCAACACCCCCAUAACAACAAUCGCCCAACCCUCCACCCCAAGCGCGACGAAAAAUCCCCCCCAAACACCAACAACAGGCAACCCAAUGACCCUCAACAACCCCGUCCUCUCCUCAGCCAAAGCCUCCAUCUUCACCACCCAAGGCCACACGCUGCACCUGCACGCGGAAACGCUAGGCGCCGACGCGAGCAGCCAGGUCCCCGUGCACGCUAUGCCUACGCUGCCGAGUGGGAAGGGCGGGUACAAAAAGGCGCAUAGCGGGGCUGCGACUGUUGCUGGGGGGCCGGCGCAGGGGGGGUUGUGUGUGGUAGCGCUGUUUAGUGCGCUUGUUGGGGUUGUGGUUUUGCUUUGA